GGGAUGCACCCGUGCACCCCGGGAUGGCCGCGAGGCGUGCCCUCCUGAGGAUGCUCCGGGGAGGUGUGUUCUGGGGGGCGGGAGGUGGAGGGUGAGCUGUGUUGUUGGGGGCCCUGGCUCAGCACACCCACGUUCUUUAGGGCCAGAAAGGGGAGGCGCCUUGCUUGUGGAAGAACUGAAGGCCUGCUUGAUACCUGGGGUGGGGAGGAUAGCUGAGAAGAGGGUUAGGCUUUAGAUGGGGAGGGGGCUUUGUGUCUGCCAUUGGGGAUGAGUCUAUGAAUACAGAGGCUUAAAUUCGGUAGGCCACCAUAAGAGAAAGUUGUAUAUUUCACGGGAGACAUAGGCCCGGGCUGGUUGUCUGUUGGGAGGGGGGUGCAGAAAGAGAAAGUGUGUGUUAGAAGGAGCCAGACGAGGAGGGGCAUGUGCUUGGAUCAGGGGACAGAUGGAGGGGAGCGUGUUCUCCAGGGGCGGGGAGCGAGGCUUGGCCCUCCUAGAAACAGGCUCAAAGAGCCUUCUUUAGGGCCCCAGUGCUGCCUUCUGCUAGGUGAGCAGCUAGCAGGUGCAGGGGACCACAGAAGCAAAGGGGGUGUGUAUUGUAUUCGUGGGGGUGUGUGGGGUUCCGCUAGAGGGCCGAUGAGGGGUUAUAAGAGAUGAGAGGGUGACCUGAGUGGGGGCGGGGGAAAUGCUGGGAAGGCACAGGGUGAAAACACCACUCCCCCAAGAGUCAGAACAGAGGGUGGAAAUGUUUUCCGCACAAACACCUGAGGAGGACGCGAGACAAAGGCCUGGAAUGAGAGGCAAGCUGUCCAAGCAUGGAAAAUGGGACAGAGAGCGGAGGGGGUAGUCCUCGGGGAUCUGAGCAGACAUAUUAAUUGAAAAAUUAAAAAUUAACUAACAUUUGUAGAGGCCUUCAUAGUUUGGUUCACUUAGGUCUCACGACAACUCGGUAAGAGAGGCGGUUUUUGUUUUGUUUUUGUUUUGUUUUGUUUUGUUUUUAAUUGUAGAAGAAACUGGGGCCCCGAGAGAGGCCCAGAGGCAAAGCCUGGACCGGGCCAACGUAGGCCCCUCCACCUGUUGGUCCCCACACCCCUGCCGGUUGGGGACUCCCGGGUGCCUUUGACUAGGCCUGUGAUGUUGUGUUAUGGUGGACUCCUGGGUGACCCUGGGCAGUUUGAGCCCAGGCCUCUUAGCUCUCCUCCACUGGCAGUUCCAGGGUCUGCAGCUGGAGCGGGAUGCCUGCUUGGCCUCUAACUACGCGCUGGCUAAGGAGAACCUGGCCUUGCGGCCCCGCCUGGAGAUGGGCCGGACUGCCCUGGCCAUCAAGUACCAAGAGCUCCGAGAGGUGGCCGAGAACUGCGCAGACAAACUGCAGAGACUGGAGGAGAGCAUGCAUCGCUGGAGCCCCCAAUGUGCGCUGGGCUGGCUGCAGGCUGAACUGGAAGAGGCUGAGCAGGAGGCUGAGAUCCAGAUGGAGCAGCUGCUGCUGGGGGAACAGAGCCUGGAGGCCUUCCUGCCAGCCUUCCAGAGGGGCCGUGCCCUGGCCCACCUGAGGCGGACCCAGGCAGAGAAACUACAGGAAGUACUGAGGCGUCGGGAACGCUCUGCCCAGCCGGCUCCCACUACUGCUGCUGCUGCUGCUGCCGCCACCGCCAUGGAUCCCCCCAAACCCUUCCCUGCUGCUGCCGUCCUGCCCACUGGGGCCGCCCGGGGACCACCUCCAGCCGUACCCCGGAGCCUGCCCCCCUUGGACUCCCGCCCAGUGCCCCCACUGAAGGGCUCCCCCGGGUGCCCUUUUGGCCCAGCCCCUCUGCUGAGCCCUCGACCCUCUCAGCCUGAACCCCCUCAUCGGUAGGAGCCAGGGUACGGCCUCCCAGCGGGGGUCCAGACAAACUUGAUUCGUGGCUCCUCCUCCUCCCCCACUGUCUGGGUGGGGGGAGGGGCAGGCCCCUCCCCCUAGCCUCAGGCAGGCCCAGGGCCCUGGAGGCUGAGCUGGGGAAGAGGGGCUCCCCGAAGAGGCCCGUAGAGGGCUGGGGGGGUGGGUGGGCAGGGUGCUGGACCUCGGUCACCAAGGAAACUCUGCCUUUUUAUUUUAUUUUAUUUCGUCUCCCCGGUCCUCCAGGGUGUCAAACCAGGUCCUCAAAUGAAAAGAACUUUAUGAGGGCCUGCUUCCCCCAAGGGGUCUUGCUUGGGGGGGCUGUCGCUCCCUGCCACAUUACUGGGCUCGAACUUAUUGGCCAAGGCUUACUGGAUUGUUCUCCUCCUGAGCUAACCCUUCCCGCAGUUUGGGGGCCCUCCGCCUAGGAGCCAGGUGGUCAUGCCCCAGCUGCGGUCCCAGGGACACCCCCAAGGGCCUUGCAGCUGGCCCUGGGACAAAGUAGGACAGAGGCUUCUGACUUGCCCAGGUGAGAGCCGGCCAUCCCCAGGAAAGACCGGUCUGUAUUUUUCUGUCCCUGUCUCCUUAGAAUGGAACCUUUUUGAGGGCAGGUCCUUGUCUUUGUAUGUUCUGUCCCCAGCCCCGCCUCCUAGGGGCUGUCAAUAAAUGUGCUGAUGGAUGACGGUGAUGA